AUGUCAUCACUAGAGGUAGUUAAGCCGACAGAGAGUAAUUUUGUUCUCCCAACAAUACUUGAGAACGAAGAAAUUUAUAGCGAGCCCGGUACUUUUGAGAAACGUUCUGUUCAAGAGCCCUCGAUUUCUGGUAAUACUAUUAUUGCUGAAAAAAAUAAUACAUCCCCCUUACUUAAUGUUCCUAAUCGUCUCGGAACUCGACCUAAUACUCCAGACACUGAUAUAACUGCGGUUGACUCAAUAAAUGGCGCAUCAGAAUCAUCUUUGGCACAUUCUCACGUUAGUAGGCCAACUACUCCAAGCAGUGAUAAAAAGUCUAAACGCAAUAAUAGCUUAUCACCUUCUUCUUCACAACCAAGUAUUAAUGGUCGCUCACGAACACCUGAUCCCGGUAAAAAAACUGUUCGAAGUAUCCGAAACAAGGCUAGCAGCUCUUCACUUAGUUCUCGUGCACCUUCAAGGAGUCGUUCAAAUACUCCGGACCCAGAUAGAUCUAAUAGUCAAAUAAGACGAAAACCUAGUCAACAGUUAUCACCAAUUGAUGGUGAAUAUGAAAUGAAACCAUUUAAAGAGCCACUAACGAGUAGUAAUUUCAUUCAUAUAGGAGUUUCUGGUGAAAUAAAUCUUCCAACUGCAUAUGUGCGUGAAACUACCAUUGGAGUAUUUCAUAUAUUUAAUCCUACUGACAAUAUAAUUUCGUGGGGGUUUUCUCAAGUCGACAGACCCAUGUUUCGUCGUUUAGGAACCGCUACAAAUGCAGCACAAAAAGUGGACGAUGAUAUUUUUGUCCUUACAAAGCUGGGAGGUCUUCUAAGACCAAAAAAUGCAGAGAGGGUCGAUGUGAAAUUCCGACCUAUGGGAGUAGGAACAUAUAUGCAAACAUUUGUUUUAGAAGAUACAUCAGAGGGUGGAACCGGUGGUGUAGACGCAGUUAGCAUGAAGUUCCAAGGGGUUGCAACGGAAAAUACAUUUAGUUCACUAUUGCAAAAACACAGGGCUCCAAAAAAGGAAGUAAAAUUUGAAGUUGAUGAGACAGAAAUACGAAUUCCAGCUACAAGAGUUGGGAAACAGCGUUCAAUGGGGAUUAAAAUAACUAAUGUUGCUAAGGAACCAAUUAGACUUUCUUGUAAAUGCGAAACAACAACAGGCCCUGGAGGCAAGUUUGUUCUAUCACUUCCUAUGAAUAGUGUUGUGGUUAAGGCUGAGGGAUUCUCUAUUAUACCCGUACGUUUUCAACCAAGAGCUGUUGGCGAAGUAAAGGGUGUUGUUACAAUACAUGCAAUGAAUAAUGCUGAGGUCAAAGUGGAUGUGGUUGCAAAAGGAAUCUUAGAUCCGACUCAAACAACUUAA